AUGUCCCGAGCAAAGAAAUUUGCCCUUGUUACUGGUUGCGGAAAGGGCGGAAUCGGUGAAGCACUCGUGAAGGAAUAUAUUCGACGCGGAGUCUAUGCUAUUGCUACGGUGCUUCCUAACGAGAAUAGCGAACACCUCAACGAGGCUGGAAUCACAUGGUUCCCGCUUGACGUGACCGUUGAGAGUUCUAUUCGGAGUCUAAAGGAGAAGAUCUUGCCCUUGACUAAUGGCUACUUGGACAUUUUGGUCAACUGCGCAGGGAUAUGUUAUACUAUGCCUGCUGUCGAUACCGACAUUAACCCGGUAAGGCGUAUGUUUGAAGUGAACCUAUUUGGGCCAAUGCAGAUGGUUCAUUACUUGCACGACAUGUUGAUCAGAGCUUCUGGUGCCAUUGUCAAUAUUGGAUCGAUUGGCGGCGUCGUGCCUUACGUCUAUGGAGCAUCGUACAACGCGUCCAAAGCUGCGCUUCAUCACUGGUCUAACAGUCUCCGGCUUGAAAUGUCCCCUUUCAGUACUUUCAAAAAGGUGAUCUCCGGCGAAGUUGGAACCAACAUUCUGAAAAAUGACUCCCAUCGAAAGCUCCCAAAAGGUCGGUCAAACUGCACUACAAUUUGGAGAACGCUGCUAAGAGCGAAAAGGAUCAUAUUACUCGCCUCUCGCCGGAGAGUUUCAAAGUCAUGUGCAGAGAACGGUUAA